UGACAUGCGCAGUUUUAUGUUGUCAUGUUUCAGUAAAGUAUUAAUAAGUUUGAUAAAUAAACUCGUACAGGGCCAUGCUACAUCUCAUUUUGUAGAGCAACGAAAUCUCUACAAUUAUGUGUAUUUGAGAUAUAUUUCAGGUUGCCAAACAUGAAACUAUAAAUACUGUUCCAAGUGGCAUCACGAAAAAUACAUAGAAUUUUUUUUCCAAAUUAUUAUAAGUCAUAUAAUAACUUGAAUAUGCAGAAGAGUGACAUGGAUUAUGAAAGUAGACAGUGUGGGGUGUCGAACGGUAUACACAUGAUUGGGUUAGGUUUUGGCUUGAUUCUACACGAUUGUAAUUUUGGUAUAGGAGGAGCCCCCUUAAAACAUGUCCAGUCUAUGAUUUUCUAAUUUAAUUUUCUCUCACGGUACGCAACAGAAUUUGAUAAUAUAUACACCAUUGGAUAGAGGAAGUCUUCCUCUACAAACCUACAUAUAUCCCGUUUUGUGGUCAAAACAUCAUAGUCGCCAUUGAAUAGAAUCCUGUGCAUGGAUAAAAAAAUGAAGAAUAAUUGAACAAAUACGAAAAUACUGUUUUUAUUCGCUAAGAUAUUUUAUUCUAUUUUAUUUUUAUCCGGUUAGUGGUGCUUCUGUAAUGCUUAACGAUAAGAUUGAUUUCUUUACGCCAUCUGGAUAUACAUACAAUGGGAUGGAUCGGUCUAUACUACUCAGAACAGGUUUUGUAGCUAUAAUUACUAUGGAUUAUUUAAUUACGAGUAUUUGUGUUUUUCUUUCUAUAAAAAUCAUAAAAUCAUCCAGGUUAAUUUCACGUACUUUUUCCACGAAAUGCCGUUCAACUGCUGACCUCGAGGGAAACGCAGAAUUAUUUAGAUUUUAUAGUAUCAUUUUUUAUCACUAUACAUACUGUUGAACAAAUGUCUGUUAUUGAUCCGAAUCAAUAGUACCGACUGCCGUAGAUGAUUUUGAUUUUGAACGUGUUAUAGCCCUCAAUAACAGACACACGAUUGCCUAUUUUUAUCAUCUAACACAUUCUUUUCAUAUCACCUCGUUUUUGGACUCCACCAACCGAUUAUGAUACCGAAGAUGUCAUUGUUAAUGCAGUAGAUAGUUUCACUUUUUUCAUAUCAUUUAGAUGCUCUUGACAGCAUGUUUGUAUAUGAUGAAAUGUCUUUCCAACGCAUCAAUCUGCAAAAGAAUUAUAUGUAGCAUCAUAGACCGCGGUAAAUUCUAAAACGUCCGAAAUCCGGCCUUUAAUCUUAAAUUCUUGACUUAUUUUAUUCACAGUUGUGUAAAUAAUUCUGACUUAGUUUUGUGAAACAUACUGUUUUCUCAAAUGCUGUAUCAGCUCACCACAAAUGUAGCUCUUUCUAUCAGUACUACGUACUUUUAGAAUCAAAUAGUCUUUUUGUGAUUAUCUAAGCACAAAUGAAACACUGCUAAUCCUCCCGGUUCUAGCUCAAUCUCAUGGCUAAAACUGCGGUUUGAGCGAUUUUGAACUUUUUUUCAUCAGAUUUACUUUAUUUUUCUUCUAACGUUUUGGAAAUCCUUAGAAACUGUAUGUUAUCUGGAAUUUGUUACAGUUAUGCAAGGUGGCACCACCCAUCUUGGAAAUGACUUCGAAAACCGAAAAGAUAUUUUAGAAUAUAGUAAAACGUUUCUAAGAAUUGAGGAACCGAAAAAUGUGUUGGAGAAAAAUACUGAAAAACGGAGAAGAAUAUCGUCUGUGACCCUUCAGACCUCAAGCUUCUUCGAACCUCGAAAGGGGUGCCUAAUAUAUCUUUUUCGUUCUUGCGUAUAUCCUCUUUGAUUUUUAAAUAGCAUGCAUGUACAUAUACUCUUCUUUUCAAAAUGACACAUCUUGCAGAUCGGUGCGAUAUCUUAUUACAAAGUUAGAAGUUAUUUAACAGCGUGUAAAUACACCCGGUGUUUACUAUUGACGAUGAACCAUCGGCGAUGGUUCAUCAUCAAUAGUGAACAUUAUUUCUAACAUUUUUUGAAAUAAUUAUUGCAAAAAAGUUUGAAGAGAGAAAACAAGAUUUCAUCCACAAGUACUUCUGAAUAAUAGUUCAGUAAUUGUAAAUAUAUGUUGUAGGCAAACUUAAAAUUCAGUCAAAUUUAAAAUUUGCCUGUUCAUAAUUAAAAUUUUAAUUUUGCCUAGGUAGAUUUUAAAUUUGAUUGAAUUAUAAGUUUGCUUACAACAUAUACGUUAUUCUUAAAGUAGCUUAAGAUUAAGACAUAAGUACGGUAAGUAUCCUUCUAGUCGGUAAAUAAAUGGUUACUUUAGUUUAACCAUUCUGCCAUUUCUAAUUAAGUCCUUCCAUACCAUUUCUAGCAAAAAGUAUUUUAAAGAAAGCCUUGAACAGCCUUUCGCUAAAGGAAAGCGUUAUUGGACAAAAGUAUUGGCACAAAAAUCGUUCAGCAUCAAAUUGUGCGUAAAAGAACCGAAGGAAUUUUCGAUAUUUCUUAGAGUCGAUUUUUAAAGCCCAAAACACUGGUUUUUAAAGUUUAAAUUUUCUUAAAAUUUAAUUUAAAAAUUGAGUUUUAUUAAUUUCAAAAAGUUCUUCGGUUGUUUGAUGCUGAACUCUUGUUCCCACAGUUUUCCUUGAAAAUGCUUCCUUCGACCGAAACUUUGUUCAAGAUCCUGGGCGACUUUGCGCUCCGGGACUCUGAAAACCGACCUGAAAAUCUUUAUUUUUUUCGAUUUUUGGGACGUCUGUUCGAUUCUGUAUGUCAAAGUAUCUAUGUUCUACGAGUUGAAGAUUUUCUGAACACUAUCUUCUGGCUCAGAAGAAAAGAAUGUAUCGUCAAAAUUUGAGCGCCCUUUCUCCGCAGUACAACAUCUCAGUAUUUUCAAUUUUAAAGAUUGAUCUUAAGAAAAAUAGUUACAGCAAACUAUUAUGUCACAGAAAAAAAAAUUUCUAGAAAACUACAAGUCCAUAAACCUCCAAACUCUUUUCAUGCAUAUUUUGAAAUAUCCUCUACAAUGUUACAAAGUUUGAAAAUCUAAAUGGGAAGAGUCCUCCCCCCUCUUAAAUGCCAUCAUUAAUUUUAUUUCAUUUCUCACGGGAAUUUUAGAGCUUUUCGACGACUCUCCUUAUCGUAAGACAUAGUACUAUUGUAUAAAUGAACUUCAUCUUAUGAAAGAAGGCAAGAAGUUCUCUUUGUGACUAUAAUACCCAUAGUGAGCAUCGAUCUACGCUUUUUGCUUCAUCCAAAUGGAAACUCGAAACAUUAACAAUACCAAGACUAGUGAAUAUAAAAGAAGAGUUUUUUGAAAUCUUUGCUGAGAGAUUAUCAUUCAACAGUAAACCGACCACAUUCAAACCCGAAAAAUUCGCUAAAAAAUUUUAUUAACAAUUCAUUAUCUCAAUACUCCCAAUACAUGAUGAAUGAAAUUAGAAUAAAGUGGUACUCUAUCUUCUUUAAAGGCUUACCGAACAUGGUUUGUAUUCUGGUACUAAACAUUCAGUAUGUGCUAUUCGUUGGACAGCUCCCGAAGCACUCGCACAACAAACGUAUAGUUCCAAAUCGGAUGUAUGGAGUUACGGUGUUCUUCUAUGGGAAAUUUAUAAUCUGGGUGCAAUGCCCUAUGGUCAAAUGUCCAAUGAAUUUAUUCGUCGUCGUAUAAUGCAAUUUUCAAGCGAACCACUCUUGUCGCGGCCGGUAUAUGGCUCACAAAAUAUGUAUAAUCAAUUAAUUCUAAGGUGUCUGACAAAAGCCUUGCAACUGAGACCGACGUUUUCUGCAUUGAAACCAUAUGUACAAGUACAUUUAAAAACAUAA